AAAACACCUUUUUCAAUCAUCAUCAUCAUCUCUUAUGAAGGACGGUCACAAGAGCACAGCCAGGUUACAACCGACUUAAACGAGUGGAGCCGCCUGCCGAUGAAAUAAGAUCAGAAGCGCUAUGCUGCGGUUCCGUAAGGAGACGCCGAUUCGAAAUGGGGCGGAAAAAGUUGGAGAUGAAGCGAAUCGAGGACAAGAGCAGUCGUCUAGUCACUUUUUCCAAAAGGCGAAACGGACUUAUCAAGAAGGCUCGUGAGCUUUCCGUCCUCUGCGAAGCUGAUAUCGCCUUAAUCAUCUUCUCCGCAAGAGGCCGGCUCUACGAAUUCUGCAAUUGCGACAGUUUGACACAGAUCAUUCAGCGAUACAAAGGGUUAUCUGAAGGAAAAGAAAAAUCUGCUGAUCGGUUUUAUGAGGCUGAGAAUAUGGCAUCUAGAAAAGAUGCAAGAACUUGGACAUAUGCAGAACUCUUGGAAGUAAUUGGAAGUCAUCUUGGGGAAAAAAUCAUGGAGGAACUCAGUAUUACUGAUCUGGGACAAUUAGAGGAAAACCUGAGGUCAGCUCUAUUGGAAAUAAGAUUGAGAAAGACAAAACUAAUGGCGGAAUCCGUUAUGAUUCUUCGUGAAAAGGAAAGAUUGCUAAGAGAAGAGAAGGAGAUUCUUAUGAAGGAAGCUGCUGAGAUGAAUGCCGAAAUGAACUGUUCUUCACAAGAGGAAAUGCUGAAAUGGCUUUGAAUUGUGGAUGCUUGCUCGGUUUGUCCUUCAAUAUCCUUAAUAACUAUGGUCUCAAUUCCAUUGCUGUGCUAGUUUUUUGCACAUUUUGACCAUUGUUUGUGUGAUCAAAUUAUUAUUUUACCAUAUAUAUGUAUAAAUGUGUCUCUCAAAUCAAAUUGAUAAUGAUUUGGUCAAUUUAGAGACAAUCCAGUUGAUAAAGUAUAUGACUUAAUCAUGUAGUAUAAGAGAUGUAGAGAUACCAAAUUACCUUAUAUGAUGAUGGACAUCAAGAAUAUUAGAUUAUCUCCCCUUU